GGCUUGUGCUACCACGUCUGGGACCUUUUGAGCAAACAACCACAACAACCAGCUAACCUCCUCCUCGCUGCAACACAGCUUUUCUUUCUUCUCAACCUUCCAUCAAACGUCCAUCUCACUCCUUUCAAUCUUUCUUUUUCUUUCCUCGCGACCACUAAAACUACCGCCCAUCACCACUUUCCCGCAGAAGUCUCUCUCUUGCCCUUCCCUGCCCCCAUAUCCAUCUCAAUCAACAGCAAAGUCAACAAUCUCCGUCAUACCUCCCACCUUACCGCACGCCAUGGCCACCCAAGCUUACAGGGCCUCAAUGCCGCAGGCUCCUCGCAAGUACGCUGUUCACGAGCUGCUCGCCAUGAGGUUGACCCUGCCGUUCGUCUCAUGUCCUCUCCACAAGUUCACCAAAGAUGCCUGGGCGUACGGCAUCAUCAAGACGCACUUUGCCAAUCAACCGAACACGGCCCGUUGGACCCCUCCGACUGAACUUGAUCAGGAACGUCCUGAGCAGCACAAGCACCAGCCAGGAGGAUACCUAGGUGGUGGAGGAGUGCGUAGUUCGCCUACGCCAGUUAAGACCGGUGAAACUGGCGGAGCGAGAGGAAGGGGAGGAGGACAUGGCCAUGUUGCACCUUCGGGAUUGCCGUCCAUCGAAACCCCGCAGAUGCAUCAGCAGCCCACCCUUCCUUAUUCCGCUCCGGAAUACAGGUCGGAAUACAAGCGUCAUUUGUCUUCCCCUAUGGCGACGACGCACACUCCUAUGACUCCCAUGCAGAGCCAUAUGGCACCGAUGCAGUCUGCAAGGACGAGCAUAGGCGACCGAAUCUCACCAGACUUCGAGCCGAUGAUGGGUAGCAUGGAUCCACUCCGUCAGGGAAUCCUUCACAACAUCGCCAGGUUCUACCCACACCUCGCUGAAAUAUAUGCGACUAGCUAUCGUCAACUUCAAUCGGCUACGCCGUCCCUAACCGCGCAAAAUUUUCAGGCUCAGCAGCUCCUCGCAGCUCAGCAGCUCCAGGCCGCGCACCAUUAUCAGUCGCUCCAGUCGUCCGCGUUGUAUUCCGGUUUUUCCCCAUCCCAACCGGCAAUGCCGACCUUUGAACAGAGGCUGGCGAGCAUGUCUUUGGAAUCCCCGAUUUCGCAGCGCCGCAUUAAUCCUGUUGAUCUUUCUGGUGGUUAUCCAGCUGUCACGAUUGGUGCUACCGGUUAUGCUCGUGGACUCUCACAAGGAUUUGUUCCAGGAGGAACUCUCAAGACCGUCCCCAUGACUGCCUUGACCCCGACCCUGGAGAUAGACGAGCCGAAGUGGGAUGCUUCUACUGCUCCAGCUAGACCUCAGUUCGACCCUAGCGGACAGAAGUCUGGAGGCAGACGCGGCUUCAAAGGUCAGGCCGACACCAGCGAGCUCUUCCCACAGCCGACGCCCAAGAACACUGGAUCUCGCGGUACCGGCAGGCAGUACGAGCAGUUUAACCCCAAAAAUACCGGACCAGGUGGUACUAGCAAUGGCCGUCCCGAACAAAAACACAACACUCAACCCAACACUCCGCUCUCUCAAGAUAAGGCCAACAUCCAGGGUGCGCCAGCUACCGACAAAGGGAAGGCCAGGGAAGUCAUUCCUGACGUCGCCGAAGAGAUCUUGGUUCCGCCCCCUGCUAUGCUUGGCGCUAGUUCCGCCAGAGAGCACCAGCUCGCAUUCAUCCAGUUUAUGAAAAUGAAGAGCACUGCGAGGUCCAAGCAUCAGCAGCAGCUGAAGGAGAACAUGAAUGCCACUUCCGCCGGCGGUUCCGACAUGAGCUCGCAUAGUGGUUACGGCUCUGGUUCUGCUGGGACUGUGUACUAAGUGCAAGCUUGGUGGCGACUCCAAAGUUUGAAGGUUCCUGUUGUUCCGUUGGUGUCUUCAUUGUUUUCUGUCCUUUUGUUACGAUUGACGCAAGGGGGGUAGGGAGUGGAUUUUUUUGUUCGCGGGGAUACCUGCAACUGUUGAAAUACUCAUGCCCUAGUACUGUCGGUGCCUUUGGCUGGGGGUUCGGGGGUGUAGAGAUGAUUCGAUGGUUUGUUUCUUUGCGUUGGGGGUUCUCGGCAGAGAGCAGGGGGCAGCUUUUGUUCUAGCCUUCUACCGAGUGAUCGCAAUUGCUUUUCUUCAUUGUUAACGUGGAAAAAUGUACAAUAGAUACCACGACGUACAUGCACUCAUCUUCACUUCACUCCACUUGACAAAACAA